AGGCGAGGCCUGCCAGCGUGUCCAGCGCUGGUGACCACCUGGCUGGUCUGUGCGUACAUGCCAGGCACAGCACACGGUAGUGGUCUAUACCACAGAUUCGCCGUGCACCGCUCCCUGGCCGACAUCAUUCCGGUGGCAGGAUGGCGCGAGUACUGCGACGGCGGUAGAUGGGCCUACAAGUCGCCGUACUGCGGCAACGUGACCAAUACGGACCCCAAUUUUUCAGAAAAUCAGGACGCAUGGCCACACUUCGAGAAGGCAUGCGGCAAUCCUGGCCAGUCACCCAUCAACAUCAACUUCUUGCAGACCAGCUUCAAGAGCUUCGGACCCAUUGCAUUCCUCGGCUACAACGUGCCCUUCCGCUUCAAGGUCGAGAAUGGAGGGACACUUUACAUCACGCCCGAGCAUGCGCAUCUCGAGUCGUACGGUGGCCCGCUGCCCGCUCGCUACACGCUGUCCAAGGCCGUCUUCCGCUUCGGCAACGAGACGAGCGAGCGCGGCUCGGAGCACACGCUCGAUGGACGCUACUACGACGCCGAGCUCCAGCUUCUGAUGUCCUGCGAGAAGCCAACGCCUACCGACUGCCUUCGGCGUGACAAAGGGUUGGCCAUAUUCGUAAUCCUCUUUGAGAAAAAGGAAGUGUCGAAUCCAUUCCUGGACAUACUCAUCAACGCCACAGAGCACAUGACGACGCGAGGCAACACGACCGAGACCCGCAUUCCUAUGGCCUUCCUGCUCCCGAACUCGACGUCCAACUACUACCUUUACUUGGGCUCUCUCACUUUCCCGCCGUGCACAGGAAAGGCCAUCGUGGUGGUUUUCGACAACGUCGUCUCCAUUGGAGAGAUGCAGGCAAGACGAUAUCCGUCCGCUUAUUAG